CCAAGUUAAUGAUUUUAUCGAAGGAUUUCAUAUUACAAAUAUAGUCAACUUGAAAUUAAUUUAAUAUAAUAUCAUCGUUGAUCUUUGAUUCCGUCAUGUCUUCUGGUCGUCAACAGGAAGAUUCUGAAGAGAAAGAUCAAAGAUCGAAGAAUCCAAUGAUUCGACAUGAGAAAUACAAAACCGGCAUCAUAAAUGAUGAGAAAACGUUUGCUGGAUCAUUAUCACAAGAAUCAGCUGACAAAUGUGUUAAAAUUGAUUCUACUACUAGCUCCAAAGAUGAUUUUAAAAAAUCCUUUAAAAUCGACAUACCGAAGAACAAUAAUCCGUCUGACAAUCCAAGAUAUUCUUCAGAGAAACCAAUCGUACUUAACAAGUUGCCAAUCUUCGACGAAGAGUCACGUCUUUCGUGAUCAUUAUAAUAAUAUAAUAAUAUAUUCGUCCUUUUUGUUUUUUUUUUUUUUCUAUUAACAUUCUAAUGAUUCUGGUUAGUGCUUUAGUUGAUCUGUAAUAAUUAUCUGUAAUAAUUAUCUGUUAAUAAAUUAAAUAGAUAAUAAUUGUGUCUA